AUGACAGAACAAAGUGGGUGUGUCAGCUGCGGUGAUGGUUCAAAUCAGUUUGACAGCAAACAUGAUGCUGAGUGCUCAGAGGGCGAGGACGCCCAGAUCAGAAUGGCGCCACACGUGCAAGUCUACCUGGCACGUAACAACCCUACCACAAACUGCUGUGGUCUUACAAUACCAAUUGCUUUUGAAAGAGCAGCACCUGGAACCUGGUGGAAUCCUAGAUUCGAUUCAGAGAUACUCGAAGGCCAAUACAGAAGUAGUUCCUUUAGGCAAAUAAGGCUAAGAUUUAGAUUUGCACUUUUAUACAUUUUGAUAUUUUCUAUAUCAUGGUUUGUCUACUUUGUGGUCCUAGGUUUGAAUGGCAUACCAGUAAAAUGGCCAUCUUUUUGUUCUAUAUUUGGCGUGGUCCUCUUGAUAACAUCUGUUAUGCUAUUUGUUACAUUUACAAAUAUUUAUAGAAUCUAUACAUUCAAGCUAUCCCUGGUUAUGGCACUCGCUCUGUGUACACUCAGCCUAUCACUGGUGACACUGACAACACGAUUAGAAACAGCUGCAUUCUCCCAAGCCGCCGAUAUAAGCCAGUCGGGACACUUCACUAUGUGCAUUGAAAUAUUGCUCAUUAUAUAUACACUGACACCGUUACCACUAUAUGCUUGUGUUAUUAUUGGAAUCCUAUAUUCAAUAGUGUUUGAAGUGCUCAAUAUUGUGUUACAUUUGUCAGAACAAGAAUGGCAGUGCCCUGGAAUGUUUGUGAGAAUCCUUUUGCAACUCUGUGUCCACAUUAUAGGUGUACAUAUUUACCUUAUGACGUUUGUCAGAAUGCGCGGCACUUUUAUGAAAGUAGGACAGAGCUUAUUAGUAAGGAAACAACUUGAGAUGGAAAAACAGUUAAAAGAAAAGAUGAUACUUUCUGUGAUGCCACCGAAAGUUGCUAAUUGGUUGUUGGAGGAACAAGUGCUUGAAUCAGACACUAGUUUAAGGCCACACAACCCACUCAAUUCUAGAAACUCAAACCCUGGAGCGUCAGACAUUAAGUCUCUAUUUAGACCAUUCAACAUGAGCUCCAUGGAUAACGUCAGCAUAUUGUUUGCCGAUAUUGUCGGCUUUACGAGGAUGUCAAGUAAUAAAGGUGCCGAAGAAUUAGUGAAUAUUUUAAAUGAUCUAUUUGAGAAAUUCGAUGAGCUAUGUCAAAAUCACGGAUGUGAGAAAAUUUCUACGUUAGGCGAUUGCUAUUACUGUAUAUCGGGCUGCCCAGAACCAAGACCAGAUCAUGCAACUUGCUGUGUAGAGAUGGGACUUGGUAUGAUUGAUGCUAUACAAGAAUUUGAUAGAGUGCGCGGUGAAGGAAUAAAUAUGAGAGUAGGGGUUCACACUGGUACUGUACUAUGUGGUAUUGUCGGUACACGGAGAUUUAAAUUUGAUGUAUGGAGCAACGACGUAAGCUUUGCCAAUAAAAUGGAAUCAACUGGAAAGCCGGGUCGAGUUCACAUAUCGGAAGAAACUAGCAAGUUUCUUGGAGGUUCUUAUGUUUUAGAGGAAGGCGAUGACGUUUUUGGUCACAAAACCUAUUUCAUUGAAGGUCGGCAGCUGUACUCCCCUUAUGACCACGAAAACUGCCUUGCUCCGUCUAAUCAAAUAAAUUUACGCCUCAUUAUAUCUCCUGCAGCUUCACCUCAAUCCAUCCUAUUCAAUCAUUCCCCACUACCACUCUCACCGAGAGAUAAUAGAACAUCCUGUCGAAAACUCGAAACUAGAAACUUCCUCUCCCCGGGCGCCUUCAAUUUCCGUACAAAAGCUAGUUCGUUACCCAGUAUUUUGGAUUCAGAUACAGAAUUGGAUGAAAAAAGGGAUAAGGGGUUUUCGGAUAGAAACGACAGCUCUUCAAAAAGCCCAACAUCUGUAGGAAGUUACGGGAAAUACACAACUAAAUUAAAAAAUUGGAAAGUACCAAGAUUCUUGAGAAAGCAUUCUGAUACGCCGCUUCACGAGAUUAAGAAACAAGAAUUGACCGAUAAGGCUAUACAGUUUUUGGAGCGUGGUGACGUCAGUGCAGGUUUUCAGUCGAGCAAUGGUUACCAGCAAGUGCCUAUAGUAAUAGAAUCUCAAGACAAUAAGAAUAAACCGGCGCAGAGUAGCAGUAAGGUGAACCUACCGCAGAGUCAGGAAACUGCGUCAUUCGAAAGGGAUAUUAUAGAUAUACGGUCGUAUCUCAGCCAGUCGAGGAGUAACAUGUCACCGUUUGCGAGAAGCAGCAGUUACCGAUCUCAGUAUGGAAGACCGAACAGUGAGGUGCCGGUAUGUCGCGCUCGGAGUUCCACUCUCACCACUCAGGACGAGCUCAUACGUCCUAAAGAUCGUCAGUUGAACUUACCCCUGCCUUCGCCGCAGCCGUCAAGGCCGCCUGAUGACGCCAUCAGCCUGUGUCCCUCAGUGAACAGCCGCAAAGAUUCCGGUAUCAGGAGCACAAGUCGCCGUUCAAGUAUACAACAGCAGAUCUACGCGUUAAAUCAUAUAGCAACGUCGCACACCGAUAUGAUGCAGCAUCGAGUAUCUGGGUAUUAUACUUCAAGUCAAUCUUCGCUCAAUGAAUCACACCCCAGAGUUCGGUUGCCACCUCCUCUCAACAAGGAACAAGUACGGUCGUUACAGAAACUUCGCAAACAAUCCGAUCUCCAACUUAUACGAUGUGUGCAAGACAACGCCCGUUCUGGCAUCAAUUACUUUGUCCAACCUCCACUAAACCGAUUCACGUUGUUCUUCAAAACCAAUGAGAUAGAGAAACAUUACAGGGACAAAGCCCAUAGAAGCGACGACUGCGAAGACUUUCCACCCACGCUCACAACAUCCCGAUUCAACACUGCACUAGACAUUUUAGUAUCUGCAAUAAUCUUUUUAUCAGUGACCAUUUCAAUAUUUGUAUUGUACAAUGAUUGGUGGUAUUCCAUGGGCUGGUUCAUCUUCUUUCUUUUUAUAGAAAUCGCAGCCAUGAUUCUAUGCUCUUACAGACACUAUUUGAAAUGGACCACUAAUCACGAAGUACUCACAGAAUCGAUUUCAAGGAAAGUGAGAAUAUUUAGAAAGUUGUCUAGCUGGUAUCCGUGGCAUUUGUCCGGGGGACUGCUUAUCAGUUUGCCGAUAUUAGCCGUGCUCAUAAAUUUUUCGUGUCAAAACACUACGAUGACAAUACUGAGAGGUGAACAGUCGUUCUAUGUUUACUUACUCUGUACGAGUGUGGUGCAUUUUUGCAACUUCACCCAAAUGAAUUGGCUUGUGAAAAAUACUCUAGUGACUCUAUAUGCUGGUUUGUUCCUAUUUUUUGUCGUGCUUGGUUGUCACGAAGCAAAUACUCAAUUUCUUGACGGUGAUAUUACUUUAAAAUUAAUUCCACAAAUGUUUUUCCACAAUUCAACAAAGCUAACCAUGGGUAACGGUACUGGAGACUGGCUUGAAACGGAAAACGUCACUCUGACCUUCGAUAGUAAGCAACACAAGAUGCAUUUGACAGAACUUUACUUAGAUGUCGCACUACUAUUGAUGUUAGUUUGGUUCCUCAACCGUGAGUUCGAGAUUAGCUAUCGCUUGAGCUUUUACAGUAAUGUAGUCGCUAAUCGAGACAAACAGAGAGUACAAAACAUGAGAAAUCAAGCAGAUUGGCUGCUCCACAAUAUCAUACCUAGGCAUGUCGCUGACCAGCUCAAGAACACGGCGAAAUAUUCCGAAAAUCACAAAGAUGUUGGAAUCAUAUUUGCUAGCAUAGUUAAUUUUAAUGAAAUGUACGACGAAUCUUAUAUGAAAGGAAAGGAAUACCUAAGAGUACUCAAUGAACUAAUUGGGGAUUUUGAUGAGUUAUUAGAAAAACCACAGUUUCAACAUGUUGAGAAGAUAAAAACUAUAGGAAGCACUUUUAUGGCCGCGAGCGGACUCAACCCUGAUUUACGACAAGACGCUCGCGGUACUCACGACCAUCUAUAUCAACUGAUGGAGUUUGCAAUGGAAAUGCAGAAGGUGGUGGACGAUUUCAAUCAGGAUUUGCUCGAAUUCGACUUUAUACUUAGGAUUGGCUACAAUUUUGGUGAUGUCACUGCUGGUGUCAUUGGUACUUCUAAGCUAUAUUAUGACAUUUGGGGUGAUGCUGUCAAUAUAGCUUCAAGGAUGGAUACCACUGGAGUUCCAAAACGGAUCCAGGUUGGCGAGGCUUGUAUACCGGUGUUGUCGGCUCGAUAUGAGUUCGAACCGCGAGGCAGUGUUUAUGUAAAAGGCAAAGAUAACAUGAAUGUUUAUCUUGUAGUAGGUAGAAAAGAUACGUAG